AUGAAAAUUCCUACAUUCUUUUUAACAGCCGCUACGAUAGCAACUUUUAUGCCGAAUAAAGUUUUCGCAGGUUGCACAAACGACCUGAAACACUGCCAAAUCUCGCUCACAGCAACGAGUGAAGCUAGGCCGUCAUUUUGGGAUACCAGAUAUGCAAAUUAUGACGAAAAUGUGGAGAUAUCUGUUGGGGAAUACAAGUUUGUGAUUUAUGUGCAAGAGAAUUGUCACGGAAGCAAAAUCUCUGGGACUAUAUCCCCGCAUCACUUUGUUAUAUUAAGUCCUUUAUCUGGUGGAGGUCAACGUACUAUUAUCAACUCGGCAGGUGAAGCAAGGCUGGCUGACAUAUAG